AUGGCCUCUCCAGCGACCGUCCCGGAGAUCUUUGAUUCCAUAAAGCAGUCCAUCGAAUCCGUCUCGGAAACAAGCAAAAAACUAUCCGGUCUCGCGCCGCCGGCGGAAGGCCUCUCGCUACUCGAUGUGAAGAACGAGUUGCUGCUGAGCUACCUGGAGCACAUGGUUUUUUUGAUACUGCUGCGACUGAAAAGCGCUUCUGCCGGGACGGAGAAAGAGGCCGACCUCAGCCUGGAGAACUCGAAUCUCGGCCAAUCAGCCGUGAAAAAGCUGGUCGAACUACGGCUCUACCUCGAGAAAGGCGUCCGUCCGCUGGAAGACAAGCUUCGCUACCAGAUCGAGAAAGCGCUUCGAGCAGCGGAGGCGUCCGAGCGAGCGACAAAGGCCAAGGAGGCCGCCGCUGCUGCCGCUGGAAGCGAUGACAAGUCAGACGAAGACGAUGCCUCUGAAGGCAGCGACGAAGAGAAGGAAGCGGCCGAUUCUGAUGUCGGGGCUUUCAACGAGGAAGAGGUAGCGACAAGCCGUCCGAACCGAGCGGCCUUUGUGCGCCCUACUUCUGGCUUGGCUGCGGCCACGGCAGCGCCAGACUCCAAGGCCACGGCAGACGCGGCCGCUGGCGGUGGAGUGUACCGGCCGCCCAAGAUUGCGCCCACGAUGAUGCCGACGACAGGGAGAAAGGAUCGUGCCGAGCGCAGGCCGCUGAAGUCGGCCACGAUGGACGAGUUCAUUGCCGAUGAGUUCUCGACUGCCCCGAUUGCCCAGCCCAGCAUCGGCACCAACAUCGCCGGUCACGGCCGGCACAUGAAGACGUCGACCGAGCGCCAGCGCGAGGACGAGCGUCGCGAUUACGAGGAGCGCAACUUUGUCCGUCUGCCGGCCGUGGGCAAGAAAGACCGCGCCAAGCGGGCCAAGGCCGAGGGCAGCGGGCCCAUGUCGUUUGGCGGCGAGGAUUGGCGCGGGCUCGGCGAGGGUGUCGACCGCAUCAACCGUCUCACGCAGCGCAAGAGCAGCAGUGGUGCCACCGGCACACGGGCGCUGCUGGAGAAGAGCCGCAAGAGAGGCAUUGACACGACUGAUGGGCCCCGGGGCAGCGGCGCUGCCAGCAGCGGUGUCAUUGGUGAGCGCUUCCAGAAGCGCCUCAGGCUACAGGACAUGGGGCGUCGCGACCGGGGCAAGAAGAAAUGA